AUGGCACCGGAGCUCAUGUGGCGCUUGGCACCACAAGCUGGGCUCUUUCAGGAAACCUUCGCAGUGGUCACAGAGGAUGACUGGAUGAUGAUCGCCUUUGGCCUCACCAAUAGGCCUUUGGCACCUGUGCCUGAAGAAGUUGCGCAGCUCAGGUUCGCGGCCGAUGAGGCGAAGCGACGGAGCUCCUCCUGGCGCUACCGGGAUCGCCUCGUGGUGGGCCCCACAACAGGGCGCGGUGAAACGGAGGUGCCAAAAGCUCCGCAGAAGCGAAAACGGCUCAAAAGCCCAAGUGUUGAUUCGAAUUGA